AGGGGGGUCGAGUUGGGCUCAACAUGAACCUACCGCUCUGACACUUCAGGCUGGGACAAGCAGGCAGCAGCCGGCCGGCCACCCCCCAAGCAGCAGUCGCACAGGGGAACCUGCCUGGAGCGCUUUGAAACAUCUGCAACAAGCUUUUACCUGGGGGCUGAAGCGCUCAUGGCUGUCGCUUACUCUACCGUCACCCAGCCGGGCCUGCUUUCCCAGCAGUACCCCCCACCCCUGUUCCCCAAGCCUGGAAAGGACAAUGUUCGGCUUCAGAAGCUCAUCAAGAGAACUGCCAAGAAAAAGGCCUCCGCUCAGGCGUCGCAGUCCUCCGCGCCUUUCCGCUCCAGCCUUUCCCCUGUGAAUGAAGCCAGCCCUGACCUUGAGCACAGCGAUCACGCCACCCCUCCCCGCACUCCAGAGACGCCGUCCAGCCUCUACGUCCAGCAUCCCCCGCGCUUCACAGUUAGGCCACUUUACCAACAUGUGGCGUCCCCUUACCCGCAUCGUGCAGCGUACGGUCGACCUGCUAGGAUGUCGCCUCAGACGGUGGGGACCGCUUCGUUCUCGUACUCGCAGCAUGUUAGCACAGUGUCUUAUUCUGCUACCGUUGGGGUCUCACCAGCUGCAGCAGCAGUCGCUCAGGCGGCUGUGCCUAAAAUAUCUCUGCCAGCUUCCUCUGUCCCUGAAACAACAGUACCAGCUGUAGAAGUGAGAAAACCUGCUUUUAGCACACAUCCUGCUGCAACAAGUCCUGCUCAGACUCCUUAUCCAGCACCAGGAGGCCAAGCUGUGACCCGACCUCUCACUGUGUUGACCCCGUUUGCUAAAUCCAAAAGUCCUCGUCCAACAUUCAAAGCAACUGAACCCUCGAGAUCCCCCAAACCAAUGUUCGAUGUCCCUCAAAUACGGAUGUACACAGCGAGUACAUCGUACUACGAGACAUCCAGGACCCCACCGGUGUACGACACAGCUGGACUAACCUCUAUUGGGAGCACAGUACCUCACAGUAAAACAGACACAAAACGAGAUUUGACUCCAACGUCAGAGCUCAGAAGAGGUACGACCCCACCUGUUCAGCCCACUGCGAUGGGAACAGAUACCCAAAGAAGAACACCAACUUUGGAAGUUAAAAGAGGUAUCACACCAACAGGAGAAACAAAUAGGGUUGUAACUCCUACAACUGAAAUGAAAAGAGCAACCCCAACAUCUGAAGUGAAGAGAGCUACUCCAACAUCUGAAAUCAGAGUGAAAACACCAACUUAUGAUUUUCAAGUAUCCAGAACAUCAUGUGGACGUCCCAAAACACCAGCAUAUCAUGUGACCCGAGCCACAACACCUGUUUUUGAAAUCUCAAGACCCAAUCCUCUCCUAUUUGUGGUAUCACAAAUUAUAACAGACCCAGAGAGGUCAAGAACGCCAAAAACAGUUUCUGCUGGGAAUAGUGUGUCUGUUUCCCAAAGUGUGAAGACCAAUGACCUAAAGCCUCCUGAAACAAUACUGAACGGGGACAUUCAUUCAGUGAUGACACCGGUAGAACCACCAGCAGCUAUACCAACCCAACAAAGUAUUGUAAAGUCAAAGUCAGAGCCUGAUCUUCCAAGCACAAAGACCCCAGCUGCUCCUGUGGGCUCACAAACACCUAAACCGCCAACAUCUGAGCCCAAACCACCAGCAGUGACACCUCAUGCCUAUCAGAGGCCUAAGACUCCAACGUAUGAGGCGUCUCGACUUAUGACUGCAGGACCUGGCUAUAAAAGACCAAAGACCCCAACAUAUGGGACAUCACCCUCAGGUGUGUCACCUGUAGGGUUCCAGAGGCCCAAAACCCCAACCCAGGUGGCACACAAGUCUUCUUAUCGAGGACUGACACCAGCUGAAUACGCUGCUUAUGGAGGAAUCAAGACAUACUCUCCAGCAUUUGGUCUCUCGGGUUCUAAGCCUCAAGAGGAGGUUAAAACGGCAAAAGAGGAACUGGCAGAGAAUGUAACACCUAGCCAAGAUGUGUCUGUGAAGGAUGAGGUGUCUAAAGUCAAGGAAACACCUAAAGAGGCAGUUACACCUCAUGUUAAAGAUGAGAAGGUCUCAACUAUCCCGGCAGUCCCCGUUAUUGUAGUUUCCCAAGCAUCUGAGACCUCUGGAACGACAAUAACACAAGAAAAAAGCACAGUGUCCAGUCACGUUGUAGAAAAACCAACUGUGACUCAAGAAACACCAAAGGCUAAACCUCCAAAGCAAGAGGAAAAACCGUCUGAGAAAGAGAAGGUGGAAACACCUGCUCAAGAAGUAACCAAACCGAUGAUGAAAAGUACUGAAGUAACGCAACCACUGCCUAAAGAGGGUAGCCAGGACCCGCUUAAGGCAGUGAGAAAACUUUUAGGCAAAGAUAAAGUUCAGACUACCGAGCAGAAAGCAGGAACUGAGGGUAAAGCUAAAGUCUCAGAACCAAAACAGGUGACAAAACCUUCAGCUGAAGCUAAAGCUGAUGUGUCAAAGCUGACUGCUCUGUCUGCUGCUGAACCAAAAGCAAGUGACAACAAAGGAAAAGAAGAAAAAGCAGAGUUGGCUUCAGCAGCUAAAUCAACACCUGAGAAAAAGGAAGAAGGCGAGUCUGCGCUAGCAGCGGAGCCUCUUCUUAAAGUCAUACAAAAGCCAAAGGGGGUAAAAUCUAAAAUGAGUGGAUGGUCCAGACUGAAGAAGCACAUGGUUGUUGAACAAGAAGAGCCUCAAUUCCCUGAAUUAGGUUCUCAGAAAGAGGCCAGUGGGCAGGACCAGAGUGAGACGACGAAGGCUGAUGAGAAGGCAGGUGAACAACCCGCCGCUCAGGUUGAGAACCAAGCGAAAGACGCUCCCAAGGCAACAAAGAUGUGGGACGCUGUCCUUUUCCAGAUGUUUUCCACCAAAGAAAACAUCAUGCACCAGAUUGAGUUGAACAAAAGCGAGGAGGAGAAAAAGGAAGAGACAAAUGAGCCGCAAGAAAUCCCUUCGUUUGCGUACCGACUGCCUGUGCUGCUUUUUAGUCCAAAGUUUGACGCUAAAAGGCUGAAAGAGGCAGCGUCGAGGCCAGCGACAAAAAUUUCAACCGUGUUUGAAAUGGGUCUGAUUGGCCGGAAAGGAAAAGACGAGGAACCAAAAGACUUUAACAGAACAGCGAGGGGGUUCACUGCUACUUAAGCUACAUGUUAUGUGAUGUUUAAAGACGAAAAUGUAAAGAAAACUUACAAUUUAUGUUAAAUGUACAGCAGUAAUGUUAGCAGCGGCGUUGUUGUACAGGUCCAGAGUCUUAGUCUCUGCGUUUCAUGUUAAAUAUUUGUGGUAGUUUUGUGGAGAAUUCGGCCUAAACUUUAUACUUGACAAAUGCUUUGUGCUGCAUUUGUGGUUCUGAUUGUGUGACUGGUCGUCUGGUUGUUCAGUGUUUGUAUCUGCGGUAAAAGAGCGCAACAUUUGUCUUACAGUUAUUCAGACGUCACAUCAGAUUAAAGCGUUUUAUGUUUUAAAUAAUUUCAGAGCUUCUCAUUUGUUCCUUCCUCACAUGUUCAAGACAUAAACAAAAAAAUGUGAUGAUGUUGCUUCAAAUAUUUUUUUUUUUUUACUUUUACUAAAAUAAAAAAAUAGUCCUAAAGAGAUUUUAA